AUGGCCGAACAGCUCGAUUCGGGCGCUGCCCUCAAGCAAACUUCCGACUCACGCGCCCAGGUUGACGUAAUCUGCGGCCCUCUGAUCAACUUCAAGAAUAUGGAUAUCACGCCUACUUCCUCGCUUUGGCGUGGCAGCGUGUUGAUUGUCACGAAGCCUCAUCAGACUGCGCCGCAGCUGCUCUUGCGCCAGGCCGGCCCUGUCGGAGACAACGUGACGGCCCUUGCGACCGCAUCUCCGCGCCAGGAGGUUGCCAUUGACGCUCUCCGUCUCUACGAGGACCCCGGAAAAGCUUUCUGGCGCUUCUCGAUCGCCAUCGCCGUCGAGGCCUACGAGUCGCGCUGGGAGUACAGAAUACCUGGCUUCCGGUAUGCGGACGGCCCCGACGUUGCGGUCCCCUGGGAUUUUGUUGUCCCCUCCGUGACCCAGUCCAUGCGCCUGAUGUUUCACUCCUGCAACGGCUUCUCGGUGGGAACGGAUAUGGAUGCGUGGCUUGGUCCAAGUCUGUGGAACGAUGUGUUACGGGUACAUGCGCAGAAACCCUUCCACGCCAUGAUCGGUGGAGGCGACCAGCUCUACAAUGAUGGCAUCCGAGUGACUGGCCCCCUGAAGCCGUGGACCGCCAUUAGCAACCCGCACAAGAGACGCACGCACAGCUUCGACAACGCCAUGCGUGCUGCAUGCGACGAUUAUUACUAUGCAAACUACAUCCGGUGGUACUCGACCGAGCCGUUCAAGGCGGCCAACGGACGCAUCCCCCAGAUUAAUAUCUGGGACGACCACGACAUUAUCGAUGGCUUCGGCUCCUACACCGACCACUUCAUGCGUUGCUCCGUCUUCCGCGGCAUUGGAGGGGUCGCUUUCAAAUACUACUGCUUGUUCCAACAUCACAUCUCGCCCCCCAAGUCCACCUACACCACCGACGCCCCGCAGACCAUGAAGGCCGUCAAUGGCACAGCCGGGGCCGAUCCCCGACAGCUCGAGAAUACCUUUGUGCUGGAGGGCCAGCCCGAGGAUGACAGUUGGAUCAUUGGUCGACACCCGGGACCCUACGUGGAGGAACGAAGCCGGAAUCUCUACAUGCGCCUAGGCAAACGGAUUGCCUUCAUUGGCGUGGAUGCUCGCACCGAACGAACACGCCACCAGGUGAACUACCCGGAAACGUACGACGACAUCUUCGCGCGGCUGGAACGGGAGGUGUCCGCCGCCAACGGGGACAUCAAACAUUUGGUGGUGCUUUUGGGGGUGCCCAUCGCUUAUCCCCGUCUGGCUUGGUUGGAGAAUAUUCUCAGCUCACCCCUGAUUGCCCCCGUUCGCUUGCUCAACAAGCGGUUCGGGUUUGCUGGGGGCUUCUUCAACCAGUUCGAUGGCCAAGUGGAUCUCCUGGACGACCUGGACGACCACUACACCGCGCGCCAGCACAAGAAAGAGCGCCGGAUUUUCGUUCAGCGCCUCCAGGAUUUCUCCAAGGCGCAUUCGGUUCGUGUGACGAUUCUGGGCGGUGAUGUGCAUCUGGCCGCCAUCGGACGCUUCUAUUCGAAUCCCAAACUGGGCCUCCAGAGUGAGAAUGACGCGCGAUACAUGGUCAAUAUCGUGAGCAGUGCCAUCACCAACAAGCCACCCCCCAAGGCCGUCGCCAACCUUCUGGCCCGGAGGAACAAGAUCCAUCACCUUGAUUCAGACACCGACGAAACCCUCAUGGAUUUCUUUGACCGACAGCCCGGAGGCCAGGAAAAGGGAGCCUCGUGGAAUAAAGUGACCAUGCCGUCGCGAAACUAUGCGUGCAUCACCGAGGUCGACCCGGCGACCCCCGAUAGCAAUGGUUCUGAGCCACAGAACAGCAGUGCGGUUGACCCCUUGCCAAAGGACGGUCACUCACCACUACACAAAGCCGAAGCCGAAGCCGGGGCAUCUUACUCGUCCGCGGAUGGAUUCAGCAACAACAGCGGCUGGUAUGGCGGCUUGGAUGUGGCUAUCCGUGUGGAAAUCGACCCGCAGAACCGUGAAGGGGUAACGGAGGGUUAUGGAUUUAGCAUUCCCGCAUUGAAAUAUAUCGCGGUGCAGGACAGCACGCGCCGGGGUUCACGCGUGCGUUCGUUGCGUCCGCGUUCGUCGCAGUCGCAGGCGCAGUCGAAGGCGACUCGUCCUCAGACCGCUACUUAG